UUACUUGGACAUCAAAGAUCGAGGCAAGCAUCGCACCAGUGAUCGUUCUUCUACAAAGCAAACAGACAAUACGUAGGACAUCUUGGUCAGAUUCCCGAGAAGCGUCGCCGUCGCCCAUCUUCACUCUGGGUCGUGUACUCAGUUACGCAUCACUGCCUUUUGUCUGCCUGCUAGACGCUCACUAGACGCACGCUGGUCGAGCUAGUGGAUAGGUGGAAGUCGUUGGAGCGAUACCACUCUGAAUUUACAGACUGACACAUUAUCGAAUAAAGAAGAGGAUAUAAAAUCGGUAUUGGAUUGGAUUUGGGAGUUGAACAGUAACAAUGUGUAACCCAUGCUGUCUUAGUCAGCUGGCGUGCUGCUGUGGCUCGGCGGCGUGUUCGCUGUGCUGCGGCUGCUGCCCCAAGAUAAAGCAGUCCACCGGCACGCGCUUCAUGUACGCGCUCUACUUCAUGCUGGUCACCGUCACCUGCGUCGUCAUGAUGUCGCCCACCGUGGAGAGGGAGAUGCAGAACCUGCCAUUGUACAAAGACAUCUGUGAGCAUCUGAGUGCCGGGGCCAACUGCAACGACCUGGUGGGCUACAGGGCAGUGUACAAGGUCUGCUUUGGCAUGGCCUGCUUCUUUUUCCUCUUCUGCAUCUUCACCAUACGGGUCCAGUCCAGCAAGGGGUGCCGGGCAGCCAUUCACAACGGGUUCUGGUUCUUCAAGUUCAUAGCUCUGCUGGGCUGCUGUGCAGGAGGAUUCUUCCUUCCAGAUCAGGAUACCUUUCUUAACGUGUGGCGCUACGUGGGGGCAGUCGGAGGCAGCCUCUUCCUGCUCAUCCAGCUGAUGCUCCUGGUCGAGUUUGCCCAUCGCUGGAACCAAAACUGGACGUCGGGGGUGAAGUACAACAAGCUGUGGUACGCGGCGCUGGCCCUGGUGACGCUGGUGCUGUUCACGGUGGCGGUGGGCGCGCUGGUCUUCAUGGCCUACUUCUACACGCACGCCGAGGCCUGCUUCCUCAACAAGAUCUUCCUGGGCGUCAACGCCUCCCUCUGCAUCAUUGUCUCCCUGCUGGCCAUCUCGCCCUGCAUCCAGACCUACCAGCCUAUGUCUGGCCUGCUGCAGCCUGGAGUGAUCAGUGUGUAUGUCAUGUACCUGACCUUCUCAGCCCUCUCCAGCAAACCCAAAGAAAGGGUGGAGGAGAACGGCGUCAACGUCACCGUGUGCGUGUUCCCCUUCAGCUCGGGCGACGAGAGCGGUAAGAGGAUAGCCACAGGAGUGGGCACUGCCAUCCUCUUCUGCUGCAUCCUCUACUCAUGCUUGACUUCCACCACCAGAAGGAGCUCAACUGCUCUGCGGGUGUACAGGAACUCUGUUCAAGAGAGUGAGAGAGCUCGCUGUUGUUUCUGCUGGGGAGAUGACACAGAUGACUUUGACGAGGAGGAGAAGAAAACGGGAGGCGGUCAGGAUGUCGCUUAUGACGAGCAGGACGGCACUAUCUACAGCUACGCCUACUUCCACUUCGUCUUCUUCCUAGGCUCCCUCUACGUCAUGAUGACCGUCACAAACUGGUUCCAUUACAACGAUGCCAGUAUCGAGGAGCUGCUGGACGGCAGCUGGUCGGUGUUCUGGAUUAAGAUGGCCUCCUGCUGGGUGUGCCUGGUGAUCUACCUGGGGACCCUGGUGGCCCCUGUGUUCUGUCCAAGGAGGUUUGAGGCCUAAAACCAGCAACACCCCACUCACUCCCAACCCUGCUGCCCAUCCUGUGGACUCCUGCAAACGGUGGCAACACCCACACAGACAGUCAUACACAUGCUCACACACACACACACACACACACACGGAGACACAGACAGAUAGACACACGCACAGACAUACACUCACUCACUCACUCACUCACUCACUCACACACACACACCACCUCAGUAGUAUGAGUUUUGUUAUUGCUGUUAGGUUGAUCUUUUUUCCAUUGUGUUUACAACAUUAGUUGCUUUCAUGAUAGGUUUUUUUAGUGUGUAUGCGUGUGAAGGGAAAGCUGUCAAUGCCUUACAGUUCCUAUGACCUGUGUUUUAUUUGUUUGUUUGUUUGUUUGUGUGUUUUCUACUUCAUUAUGAAGCAUGGAGUUCUGUUACUGUUGCAUUCAUUGUGGUUACAGUGAACACCUUCACCAUUAUGUUGGUCGUAAAUGUAUAUAAACAUCUUUUUUAAUAUAUGAGGAACAAAUCCCCGGAUUCAAACCCAAGAAACAUUUUGCUCAGGCCCAUAAAGCACCUGUAAGUGUCUUGCUUGUUACAUUGGUAGAUAAUGUAUUCUAUGCAAUUCAACGGGCUAUUGUUAAUUUUAUUUUUACUUCUUUGUCAUCUGGUUUCACACUACUCAUUUCAGCUCAUUGUUCAGUGGUCCUCAUUCUUGUUUGCAUCUGUGAGACUCAGUUGAACACCAAGAAAGUAUGUUUUUGUAAUUGCACAGACUUCUUUUUCCCAAAUAUGUCACAUAUUGACCUAAGAUUUGUGUAAAUAUAAAUGGAAAUCACGGGGCCAAUUUGUCCUUUUGUUUUCUUUUGUUGUAGUUUUUUUACGAUCAGGACUGAAGAUAUUCAUCUUUGUCGGUGGUUGUUGUUGUUGUUGGGUCAGGAAAGAGGCAACGUGAGGGAGCUUAAUCUCAGGAUAUGAGGUUUUGGAAACGGAAUCUGGAGAGGAUUGAGUUGGUUUGAAGGGCACAGAGUGAAGUUCAGGAGGAGGGUUACUAUACAGCUGUUAGUCUAUAUAGUCCAAAUAUGACGUUCUUGUCAUGGGUGAAGAUGUACCAUCAACUAGACAUGCGGUGACUUCUCAGCAUUAAGGCCAAAUACUGAAUGCAGCCCUCCAUAUGCACUCAAGAUGUCACUAAGUAGGAGCGGAGGAGGCCAAAGCUAGAACCUAAGGGAUUCAAUGGUGUCAUGUGCAGGCAAAUGCAGAGCAUUGCUAACUCACACAACGACUUAAGCUAACUAAGAAGCAGCAUUUCUCUCAAACUGGGUUUGAGCAGAUACAGGUAUUGUACAGCUAUUACAGACUAUUUCUGUUAUUUAACAAUCAGUUUUAAUGCAAUCAGAAGUGCUUUUUACCAGUUCAUGUUUGGUAAAGUUGUCUUUGAGCUUUCCUUUUAAUUACCAUUCAAAGUGGUAAAAAAAAGAUGUUUUUGAGAAAACGUUGCUCCAUACUAGAUAUGCUUUUCCACAUAAAAUUUUGUUACAUUGUUUUGUAAUUUAGCGUUUUGAACAGAGAAUAGACAGUGGACUAUUGUUACAUUUUCAUACUAAUAUACUAAUAAUAAUAAAUAUUUGUAGAGCCAGUUUCCCUAAUCCAAAUCCACCAGUCAAUAGUAUUGUUCCAUCUUAGUUGUUAAUAUGUACAUAAUAAUAGUAAUAAUAAUAAUAAUGCUAAUAAUAAUGCACUUUUUCUAUCUUUCAUACUGGCAUUUUACAGAUAGAAGUAAUAUGUAUUCCUGAUGCUUAGUGUGCAGCUGUAGUAAAACAGAUGUAGCAUGAGUCUGUGAACUAACAUCAGUGAUCAGUAUGCCUAGAGUGUACAUCAUCUGUCUCAGCCCACAACACAUAACAGAAACUGGAACUUUUUAUAUGAAGGGUUUUAUCCUGUGGUUUUAUGUCUUCAUUUACUCUUAACAAACUAAUUGGCCAUAUAGGAAGGGGUGAGAUUUGUUAUAUAGACUAACUGAUUUGCAUUUGAAUAGAUUUUUUUUGUGUAUGUCUUGCAAUUUCUUGCAAUUCUUAACUCAGAAGUUCUGUGGGUCACAUUUCAGAAGCUAACAGAAGUGUGUAAAGGUCAGUCCCUUUAAAUAGUCACUGUGGGUAUUUUUCAUUCAUUAUGAACUAACUACUUGCUCGCUUGUCACCUUUUGAAUGUAAUUCUUGAGGUUAAAAAAAAAAAAACCUGUGAAAAAUAGUCAUUAAUAGUGAAAGGGUCUUCAAGGUAAACACAUUUAAACGUUUAACACCGUAUAUUUCUCUGUUAUCUCAGCAGUCAAAGUCAUUUUUUGUCAUUUCAGUCUAAUUAAAAAAAACACUUACACAUAUUUGUUGGUGUGAGAGUUGUGAGCUGGCAUGAUGCUUGCCAUUAUUUCUGUAAUGCUAGUAGUUAUUUUUGAAUACUUUCAAAAUGCUUCUAGGUCAAAUUCUUCAGCUGCCAACCACUUCAGGGUUGUUAUACAAAUGACCACUAGGGGUGCUAAUACUGCACAUUCAAUUCGGUAUAUUUGCAUCUGUUUCAUAUUUGGUAGGUGCAUCUGAAUGAAACAUAGUUGUUUUGUUUUCAAGGGGCAAUGCAUAGGUUGAGUUAAAGGCAUAAUUGUUGUUGUCCAAUUGUGAAAAAACAACAACAACCUACAAAUUAUAAGUUAGGACUUUUAAAAGCUAUUUGUGUUCAGAUGUUGUUGUUUUUUAUUGUUGUUGUUUUUUCAUUUUCUUGUAUACAUAAGUUAGUAUUGGUAGUGAAGUACCAGCACGUGGAUGAAGAUUGAGGUGCUGAGCAGUGUGCUAUAGACCAUCUGUACUGCCAUGAACGAGCCUUACAUCAUGAAGUACUAUUCUGUCCUUUACUGAAUUCUCAGUUUUUCAGUGGUCUUUUUAAUGAUUAAAUAUAAAAUCUAAAUGUAA